AUGGAGUCGAAAUCUGCAAGCAUCCAGCGCAAAUCAACAAAUAUUCUGGAGAAACCAUUAAGCAAAGGGAGAGGAGAGAUCAACUUGAGCACUUUUGCUUUCUUGUUCUCCGAGUUGGUACAAUAUUGUCAAAAUCGAUCCUCUAGUGUUGUAGAUUUGCAACAGAAAUUAGCGUCGUUAGGCCAUCAUGUUGGUACACGUAUCUUGGAUGCAUUGUAUUUAAGAGAGCGAGGCUCUAAGAGAGAGCUCAGACUUUUACAAGCUUUAAUCUUUGUCAAGACAACGGUUUGGAAGAGCUGUUUUGGAAGAGAAGCUGAUAAAUUAGAACUAUCGAAUGAUGACGAAAAAACUUAUUACAUAAUAGAAAAUGAAUCCUUGGUUAAUAAGUUUAUAUUCGUCCCUAAAGAUAAAGGCAGUCUUAAUUGUGCGGCUUUUAGUGGUGGAAUUAUUGAAGCUGUACUAAAUGGACUCAAUUUUCCUUGCAAUGUUACUGUUCACUGGCAUAAGGGAACGACAUACAUGAUCAAAUUUGAAGAAUCUGUUUUAAUGCGAGAGAAAAGCUUAGAAAGUCGCUAG